AUGGCGGUGCCUUCGGGACUAACGCGCACUGAGACGCUCUCGCACCUCGCCAUCUCAGGUGCCGCUCUCAUCAUCCUCGCCAACACCUUCACUGGCGAGGGCGAGCCCCUCAUCGCGUCGCUGGCCCUGUCGACCCUCGCCUUUUCUCUCGCCUACUGCAUGGUCCGCUGGCUGGGCCCCACCUUCGUGAAGGCCGGCUUCAAGGGAAAGGACCUCUCCAAAGCGCACCAGCCUCUCAUUCCCGAAUGCAUGGGCGCUGUCUGCGCCGCCGUCUACCUCCUCGUCAUUAUUGUUUUCAUCCCUUUCCCCUUUUACAAGGACAUUGUCGCCGCGACCAGCGGUGGAGGCAACCGCGACGUCGUCCUGCACGUCGAACACGUUCAGCAGGGACGCUUCCUGCAUCGCUUCCCGCAUAGCAAGCUGGCUAGUUAUCUGUCCGCCAUCAUCUCGCUGCAGACCACCGCCCUGCUCGGCAUCGGCGAUGACCUCUUCGACAUUCGCUGGCGCCACAAGUGGUGGAUUCCCGGUCUGGCAUCCAUCCCCAUCCUCGUCGUCUACUUUGUCGACUUUGGCGUCACCUCCAUCGUCAUCCCGAUUCCCCUGCAGCCCUACCUCGGCGAGCUCUUCAACCUGGGGCCUCUCUACUACCUCUACAUGGCCUGCGUCGCCAUGUUCUGCCCCCAGUCCAUCAACAUGCUCGCCGGCAUCAACGGCAUCGAGGUGUCCCAGUGCCUCGUCGUCUCCCUGCUCCUCGCUCUCAACGACGCCCUCUACCUGCUGACCCCCUAUCCCCACCCGGCCACCGACUCGCACCUUUUCUCUCUCUACCUGCUCCUCCCGUGGAUCGGCGUCUCCGCCGCCCUCCUCUGCCACAACUGGUACCCCGCCCGUGUCUUCGUCGGCGACACCUACUGCUACUUCUCCGGCAUGGUCUUCGCCACCGUCGGCAUCCUCGGCCACUUCUCCAAGACGCUCGGCCUCCUGCUCGUGCCCCAGCUCGCCAACUUUCUCUACUCGACACCCCAGCUCUUCGGCCUCGUCCCCUGCCCACGCCACCGCCUGCCGCGCUUCGUCGCUCGCACCGGCCUCCUCGAGCCCAGCGUCACCCCCUGGCCGCGUGACGCCCAGCCCCACCCCCUCGUCGCCCGCGCCCUCCGCCUGCUCGCCCGCCUGCGCCUCCUCGCCCUGCGCGUCCGCGACGACGACCCGGCCUCCAUCGAGACAACGAGCAACCUCACCCUCCUCAACCUCUGGCUCGUCUGGCGCGGGCCUCUGCGCGAGGACCGCCUCGCCUGGGAGGUCACCCUGCUGCAACUCGCCGUCGGCCUCUUCGGCCUCUUUGUCCGCCACCGCCUCGCCCUGCUCAUCUUUAAGGAGGACAACUGGGUCUUCUCGACGACUGCCGUUUGA